AUGGCCCAAGACCUCAGUUUCAACCCUGUCAUCAAGAAUAAUAUCAAUCUUGAGACCCCAAUUAUCGACUCGGAAUUUGAGACUUUGAGGUCCAGAUAUAAUGGUGAUCAUAUUUAUGUAGCGGGUCAUGUGCUGGUUUAUCCAAGCUACAAUGGUUUCUUUGAGAAACCUGAUCUAUAUUUGGACCAGUUGUUUGUGAGGAAUUGUUAUAGGGAUUUGGGUUUUGGGAAAAUGUUAUUUUCUGCUGUUGCAUCGCAGGCUGCAAGUAAUGGAAUGGGGAUGGUUGAUUGGCUGGUGGCUGAUUGGAAUGAAAAGAGUAUGAAAUUUUACGAGAAAAUGGGAGCUCAUUACAUUCAUGAAUAUAGACUUUGCAAAUUGUAUGGUGAGAAGAUUCAACAGUAUGCCAACAUCUCUCGUUAG